AUGAACGUGGAUUUUGUUGCUAUAGGCGAAGGUAUCCAUACUUUCGCACUGUCGUUUUUGUUCUUUAGUUUAUAUUUUAAUAAAGGAUCGCUAGGUGUUUCAGCUAAGACUCAGCUGCUAUUCCUAGUGUCAAUAGUAGCCAAGAGCUGGUAUGUCAUUCAACUGGGGCAUUACGAACCAAUCUACUACUGGCUUCAAUUCUCGCAUAUAGCGUUUACCUUAGGAACUCUUCUUUUUUUAUUUACAUCGAGGACUGUUAACCGAGAAGAUGAUACGUUCUGGUCCGAAUUUGUCAUUUUACCAGCAAUAGUUACGUCGAUACUGGCCAGCAAGUCUUUGCUUACAGUGGAUUUGCUAUACACCUUUAGCCAGUUCCUCAAAGGCGUAGCAGUAAUCCCUCAGAUGUACUUAAUACUAAAAACCAAAAGAAUCUCAAACUCAAUGGCCAUUUACCUGUUGGCGAUGGGUUUCCAAGAUUGGAUAGCCAAAUAUUCCAGACUGGGUUUCAACGAAACUACGGAUAUAACUUCCUUUAUUUACUUGGGUGUUUACACUGUUUCCGUAAUGAUCAUGCUCCAUUCGGGAGUUGAAAUGUACAGCAGCUACGACGGUGGAUCCGAACAGAUAUUAUCUUUGACCAGCGAGUUUGCUGAUGAUUUUUCGGAUACGGCCUUACUUAUAAAUGAAAAAGAGGAUGAUUUGGAUAGUAGUCAAUGGCCGGAUAAGAAAUUUCAACAAAAGAACGACCUUGGAGUAAAAGUGAGCUGUGAAAAGCAAACAAUGUGA